UGAAACUCAGAAGAGUAAAGUGAGUGAAGAUGGGCAAUACCGUUUGGGACUGUUAAGUUCGAAUCCCACAGUACUGCAAGGUGGAUCAAUUCCCUGUAGGAUCCUAAGAUCCCAACUUGCCAUGCCACAUCUCAAAACAUCGUUUCCGGAAGCACUUGGCAUGGCGUUAGACGAACAACAAACAUUACUGAACUCCUCAGGUAGCGGAGGACGUUCGCAGCUGUCAGUGACCAUUGUGGACGCGGGCGGCACACCACAACCGAGUCCAUUAUCGGAACGUAGCACUCAGCAUUUGUUAGAGACUCCGUUGGAUUCAGAAUGGGAUAUAGAGAAUGAUCAGAGCGAGGCGGGCCUCGCGGCCUCGAAGCAAAUGCUGUCAUUUGCGAUGAUAGGCGACAUGAACCGUUCUGAGCAGGAGAAUUUAUACCGCACCUCCAGGAAACUGAGCCUGGUACCGAGCGCGUGCGGUAAUCUCUUGGAACGACGCACGUCUACGAGCAGAAACUUCGACGUGAGCAGCUCUCCUCAGCGAUUUUCCGAAGACUUAGUCCUCAGCGUGCUUAAAAGUCCGAUCAAUCAUGUUAGUGCGGAGAGUAAGGAGGUUGACAUCGGGCCGUCGCCCGGUUCCGAAGACGAGCUGUGCGUUAACACUCCCGAAGAGGACACCAGGUUUAAAUCGGGCGGAAGCGACGAUGAGUUAACAGAAUGCGAGCCUAUGGAGAAGUUGCCCUUUCUGCAGAGAUUGAGAGGUCAUCGCAUGCCGAGGUUUGGCGAGGCGCACCACAAGCGCGUCCCUACACCUUUGAAACGAAGGCAGAGAUUCCUGAGGAAUAAUAAGGCUAAGGACGUAAUCGCCGCGGAGGACGUUGUCGAUGAGGAGGACGUGGAAGACGCCACCGACGCUGGUCCUCGCGGAGUUCCCGAUCCGUAUUAUCCCAUUUAUUUACCGAUCGAUCAGGCGUUUAAAACAAAGUAUGUGUUCCACCACAAAAAGGGAAAGACUUGUCAGGAACGGACUUACGUUUUUUUAGAACAUCCAGGAGGAUGGUUGUGUUUCUUCUACCACUUUACAGUGUAA